AUGGUUGCACUCCGAUACCUCGUCGCCUGUGUUGGCGCCAUGUUCGUCCCCGUUGCCUCUGCGUCAUCAACAACAAGUUACUGGCCAAUCCUGACCCCGUCGUCUUCUGAACCAUGGGUGCUGGGCCAGAAGAACUUGCUCGCGUGGCGGUGCGCGUCCGACACGGGCGUGGACGCGUUCGACAUUGAGCUCGUCAACUACGACCUGUCCAUCAUGACCGGCUCCAUCCCCAUCGCGUACCGCGUGCCCAACACGCGCCUCACGACCGGAUACAAGAACUAUGGCGGCGAGAUCGAGGUCGACCUCGACGGCACCGUGCCCACCGGCGACGGGUUCGUGCUGGCCUUUGUGGAAAAAGUCCACGGCCAGGUAUACACCACGUCGGAAAUGUUCUCCAUCGUCGCUACCGCUCCAGACAACUACACGGCCAACCCGGACGACCUGCCCGACGCGACCGUCACGGCCACGCUCACGCAGACGCCCAACCCCACCAUGGAGUGGGCCAUCACCCUCACGGGCGCCCUGGCAGUCACCAGUACCUAG